AUGGCUAGUGCUGACAAGAGAGGCCGGACGCCAGGCUGCUCGCCACAUCGAAUCCUCUUUUUCAUUCUAACGCCUUCUCUCUCGCGUGGCCAGGACGCCGGCGCAAACCCAGGAGCCAAUUUGUCGGGAGAGCAGGGUGGUGUGGAGAGCGAAAAGGGGGUCCAAAGGGGGGCGGACGAGACGACUGGUCAAUUCGGGCCAGCAGAGAACAGACUACCGCAGGUCAAGAGGCAGGCUCUGUGUGGCGAGAGUACUCCGUAUUACGACGGAUAUGGAUCAAGGCAAGGAGACACGCACGAGAUGAAGAUGGAGGCCCUCCACACAAAUCGGAAGCCGGGCUUCCGGCAGCUGAAUGGCUGA